AAUGAGUGAGUCUUACAAUACAUGUUUACACGUAUCUGUUCGAUUUAGUUAUCGUGGAGAGUUAAUUGACAGGUAGUGGAAGACGUGCAUUAUAAUUAAGAUUUUUUACCGUUCCAAGUUAUUAAUUAAUUGGUCUAUUUCUAACUAAAUUGAUUAUUUUUAUCGUAAUAUUAAGCAUUUGACCACAGAAGAUAUUUAAAGUUGCAUGUAUUACAUAUAUCGAGCUAGAGCCGUUUAACCCGGUUUCGAUUAAUAAUUUAAAUUGAACAUUGUUAGUCUCAAUACUCUUUUUUGAUUCGUCAAAUACUUUUUAUAUGACCAUGUUCACCGCCAGUUGGUGGAUAAAUGUCAUUACGCCAUGUACAAUAAUAGUUACGAUAACCUAUUAUUUCUGCGUGUCGACCUUUAAGAAAUGGGAAAAGCUCAACGUGCCUUACAUUAAACCAAUUCCGUUGUUUGGAAACUUUUUGAAUGUGGCUUUGGGAAAGAACCAUCCGCUGGAAUUUUACAACAAAAUCUAUCACGAGUUCGCCGGUCAAAAAUAUGCAGGAGUGUUCCAGAUGAGGACGCCGUAUUUGAUGGUUCGCGAUCCAGAAAUAAUCAACGACGUGAUGAUAAAAAACUUCUCGUCUUUCCCUGAUCGUGGAAUUUACUCGGAUUUCGUGGCCGAACCAUUGACGAACAACCUGUUACUCAUGGAAAACCCUCAAUGGAAAAUAAUAAGAAACAAAUUGACCCCUGCUUUUACGGCGGGAAAGCUAAAGACAAUGUACGAUCAGAUCAAAGAGUGCGGCGACGAAUUGAUGAAAAACAUCGAUAUAGAUUUGAAUAGAACCAGCAACGAAAUAGAAGUAAAGGACAUCAUGGGAAAGUAUUCUACCGACGUCAUCGGCACUUGCGCUUUUGGGCUCAAGUUGAACGCCAUAAACGAUGACGAAUCCCCAUUUCGUAAGUAUGGCAAAUUAAUAUUCAAACCUUCACUAAGAGUCCUUAUGAGAGAAUUGUGUGUGAUGAUUACUCCUGCACUUUUGAAAGUCGUAAGACUGAAAAAAUUUCCAACGGCCGCAACAGACUUUUUUCACGCGGCGUUUAAUGAAACGAUGACUUACAGACUUGAGAAUAACAUAGUCAGAAAUGACUUCGUUCAUUAUUUAAUGCAAGCGAGAAAUGAUUUAGUUUUGAAUACAGAUUUACCUAAACAUGAAAAAUUUGCUGAAUCACAAAUCGUAGCAAAUGCUUUUGUAUUGUUUGCUGCUGGUUUUGAAACUGUGUCCUCGGCUAUAAGUUAUUGUUUAUAUGAAUUAGCAUUAAAUAAAUCUAUUCAAGACAGAGUACGCAAAGAAAUACAACUACAACUGUCCAAAAAUAACGGACAAAUUAACCAUGAACUUUUGAUUGAUCUUAAUUACUUGGAUAUGGUUAUAGCAGAAACACUCCGUAAGUAUCCUCCACUGGUUGCUUUGUUCAGAAAAGCAUCACAAACGUAUCGAGUACCCAACAGUUCAUUAAUAAUUGAAAAGGGCCAAAAAAUUAUAAUUCCAAUUUAUGCGAUUCAUUACGAUAAUAAGUAUUACUCGGACCCUGAAAAGUUUAUUCCUGAAAGAUUUUCGGCUGAAGAAAAAGCAAAACGGCCAAGUGGUGUUUAUCUUCCAUUUGGCGACGGACCUCGAAUAUGUAUAGGAAAACGCUUCGCAGAAAUGGAAAUAAAAUUGGCUUUUGUUGAAAUAUUGACCAAGUUUGAAGUAUUUCCAUGUGAAAAAACAGAAAUUCCUCUAAAAUAUUCUAAGAAAGUUUUAACAUUGGUGUCAAAACAUGGAAUUUGGCUAAGAUUUAAAAGAAUUAAUUGACCUACGAUUUUACAGUUAUGGACUAAAAAAAAACACUCAUGUUUUAAUUCAACAAUUUGUUUUUAACUGAUUUAACUAUAUAACUAUUUAACCUGAGAACUCGAAUGAUUUUUACUUUAUUUUUUUCCAUCCAAGAUAAUUUAAAAAUCACUCCAUGCUUUAUAUUUAAUAUUAAAUAAGACGGUGUCAAAUAAAAAAGUUUAAAAUACAUUGUACAUGGAUUAUAAGAAUUCUAUGAAUUAUUUUUAUAAUUUUGUAAUUUAAGUACAUAGGUAUUUAUGUUUUUAUGUUUACAGUCUUAGUGAUUUAUAGCUAAUACCUACAUUAACAACAGUCUUUGAAAUUUCCAAAAUGAUUAUUCAAAAUAUUUUUUUUAUUAACUUAUACAUACCUAACUAUCUUUAGAUACCAGCUAUAUCUUUAUUAUAUUUAACUAUCGUAUGGAAGUAUGUCAUAUAGUUAAAUAUACGUCAUAUUAUGUUAUA